AUGCCUCCCAAAAUGGACAUAUGGUCUAGUGAUGCCGAGCAAUUACUAAUAGAUUUAGUGAAAGCAAGAGCAAUUUUAUGGGAUAUUAUAUAUAGGAAUUACCGUAGAAAUGACCUGAAAGAAAUACAAUGGGAAGAGAUUAGCAAAAAAAUGGGUUUACUGUAUUCUACUGAGCAUGUAAAAAAACGGUGGAACAACAUGAGAGGCACAUUUCUUGAUAAUAACAGAAAAGUACGAGAAUCAAAGAGAAGUGGUAGCGGCGUUGAAGAAAUUUUUAAGCCAAGAUGGCCUCUUUAUACAAAGCUUCUAUUUUUACAAAAAACAAUCUCUAGUGCACAAAAAUGGCAAGAUUCCAGCGAUAGUGUUCAGAAUUUAGAAGUUCCAGAAAUUCCAUGUGAUAAUCAAGAAAAAGAAAUACAAAUUAGUUUUGAUGCAACCUUUCCAAAGAUAGUAACAAUUCCUCAAGAUAGCGACAUGAAUUCCGAUCCUUUGGAGAACUAUUCUGAAUCGGAAGUUAUUAUAAGUAACAGUAGGUCAUCAUAUUCAACUAUUUGUCCAUCAACUUAUCAAUUCCCAUCAUCUUGUUCAAUUUCAACGCCUAAGAAUUUGACUGUCCCUAUCGUGAGUGGAAAAAAAUCCACAGAAAAUGAAAACACUUCAUGCGAAACACUUUAUACCAAAAGAAGGGCAUCCAAGAAACAAAAAACUGGAUCAUCAAGUAUGGAAGAAGCUAUUGAAGCAGUCAAACAGAUAGCCUCACGACCAAUAAUUUUACCUCAGUCUAUUACCCAAUUUGAGCCUACUCAAGAUAGUAUUAAUCAUUUUACAGCUUACUUAGGAGCUAAAUUAAGGGAAAUGUCUCCUCUAGAACAGAUAUAUGCAAAAAAAGAUAUUUCAGCUUCUAAAAGCUGA